AUGGAAAGGCAAGAGCAGCAAUGAUCGGCGCUCAGAUGGUGAAAUUCGUUCAGGGAUUUUACGCGUUACGCCACUAUAGGGUCAUUUAACGGGACUUACACUGGGGCGCGCUUUAUUACCGGACUACGACCAAAUACGACAUGAGAUGGAAUUGACUUUUAAACAAUUACUCUCCAUAUAGGGAUUCCACUGUGCAACGCCUAUAAACGGACACACAUGUUCUCCGCUAAUGAAAUACAAGGAGCAUUUACCCAGUGGAUGAGUUUUAACCCUUCAAUGAUGCUUUAGAUAUUUUGCACAUCGGCAGUUGGAUUACAUGAACCCGGCAAAAGUAUUUGCAUGUUGAGAGGCUUGUGAUUUAUGGAACUAGAGCUGAGAAGAAAAGAUCUGAAGUUGGAAAAGAGGGUCUCGGGACUGAGGGUCUGAAGGAUUUUACCAUCUCCUCCUGGAGCUUCACUUUAAUGUCCAACGUCUUUGGGUUAUGACAAUGGAUUAUUUUCUUGUUUUAUGCAGUUUUAUUCUGCCUCUGUCCUCGGCUGUAGAAGAAACAAUGAUGGACACCAAAUGGGCCACAACUGAACUUGCAUGGACUUCACAUCCUGAAACUGGGUGGGAGGAAGUUAGUGGAUAUGACGAUGCCAUGAAUCCCAUCCGAACGUACCAAGUCUGCAACGUUCGUGAGCUUAACCAGAACAACUGGCUUCGUAGCGACUUCAUCCCUCGCAAGGACGUUCUCCGUGUGUAUGUGGAGAUGAAAUUUACUGUACGGGAUUGCAACAGCAUUCCCAACAUUCCAGGAUCUUGUAAAGAGACCUUCAACCUUUUCUACUACGAAUCGGACUCAGAUUCAGCAACAGCCACGAGUCCAUUUUGGAUGGAGAACCCUUAUGUCAAAGUUGACACCAUUGCUCCAGAUGAGAGCUUCUCAAUGUUGGAGUCCGGUCGCGUCAACACCAAGAUUCGCAGCUUUGGUCCACUUUCCAAGGCUGGCUUCUACCUGGCCUUCCAAGACUUGGGCGCCUGCAUGUCUUUGAUCUCCGUGCGAGUUUUCUACAAGAAGUGUUCUACAUCUAUUGCCAAUUUUGCGGUUUUCCCUGAGACGGCAACAGGUGCGGAGGCCACGUCACUAGUCAUUGCCCCUGGCACUUGUGUGGUUAAUGCUCUGGAAGUGUCGGUUCCUCUCAAGCUCUACUGCAAUGGAGAUGGAGAAUGGAUGGUUCCUGUAGGUUCCUGCACUUGUAUGGCAGGGUUUGAGCCUGCACUUAAGGAAUCGCAAUGUCAAGCUUGCAGCCCAGGCACCUUCAAGUCAAAACAAGGUGAAGGUUUGUGCACCCCAUGUCCGCCUAACAGUCGGACGAGUUCUGGAGCUGCCAGCAUCUGCUCCUGCAGGAAUGGGUACUAUCGGGCGGACAACGAUUCUCCCGACUCAGGAUGCACAACCGUGCCCUCAGCUCCUCGCAACGUGAUCUCCAGCGUAAACGAGACAUCAUUGUUACUUGAGUGGAGUGAACCACGUGACCAAGGUGGCAGAGAUGACAUUUUCUACAAUGUCAUCUGUAAAAAGUGUCUGCCAGAGCGUGGAACCUGCACAAGGUGUGAUGACAAUGUGGACAUCUCUCCACGCCACCUCGGCCUGACCGAGAGACAUGUGACCGUCAGGAACCUUCAAGCUCACACUCAGUACAGCUUUGAGAUCCAGGCCGUCAACGGAGUCUCCAACAAGAGUCCCUACGCACCCCAUUUUGCAUCUGUUAACAUCACCACCAACCAGGCUGCUCCUUCCGCAGUUCCUACUGUCCACCUGAUGGGGGCGUCAGCAAACACCAUGAGUCUCUCCUGGCUUCCCCCUGAAAAACCAAAUGGCAUCAUCUUGGAUUACGAGAUUAAAUACCAUGAGAAGGACCAGGGAGAAGCUAUUGCCCACACCAUGACAGCCCAGCGUAGCUCUGCACGCAUUGAGGGUUUAAAAGCUGGCACGUCAUAUGUGGUGCAGGUUCGAGCCCGAACGGUUGCAGGGUAUGGCCGCUACAGCAGCCCUGCUGACCUUAGCACCAACCACCAGGCCGACUCAGACAAGAGUCUACAGGAGCAGCUGCCUCUCAUUGUGGGCUCCCUCACGGCUGGGCUGGUCUUCAUCAUUGUUGUUGUUGUCAUUGCCAUAGUCUGCCUCAGAAAGCAACGCAAUGGCUCAGAAUCAGAAUACACAGAGAAAUUGCAACAAUACAAAUCCCCUAUAGUCACUCCGGGAAUGAAGGUCUACAUUGACCCCUUCACAUAUGAGGACCCUAAUGAGGCUGUCCACGAGUUCGCCAAAGAGAUUGACGUUUCCUGCGUGAAAAUCGAGGAGGUCAUCGGCGCAGGUAACCAACAACACAAGCUCCUGAGCAACAGGGGGAAGACAGCUAGGCACACCCAGGCCAUACCUUUAGAGGACUUCACUCCAAGCGGAGAGUUUGGAGAGGUGUGCCGUGGGCGCCUCAAGCUCCCUGGACGCCGUGAGAUCAUUGUGGCCAUCAAAACAUUGAAGGCAGGCUACACCGAACGCCAGAGGAGAGACUUCUUGAGUGAGGCCAGCAUUAUGGGCCAGUUUGAUCAUCCCAACAUUAUUCGUUUGGAAGGGGUGGUGACCAAGAGCCGGCCAGUUAUGAUUGUAACUGAGUUCAUGGAGAACGGAGCACUGGAUUCCUUUCUCCGGCUAAAUGACGGCCAGUUCACAGUCAUCCAGCUGGUCGGUAUGUUGAGAGGAAUUGCAGCUGGCAUGAAAUAUCUGUCCGACAUGAACUAUGUGCACCGUGACCUGGCUGCUCGUAACAUCCUGGUCAACAGCAACCUGGUGUGUAAGGUGUCUGAUUUUGGCCUUUCUCGCUUUUUGGAGGACGAUCCAACAGACCCAACCUAUACCAGCUCAUUGGGAGGAAAGAUCCCAAUUCGCUGGACAGCCCCUGAAGCUAUUGCUUACAGGAAAUUCACUUCAGCCAGUGACGUUUGGAGCUAUGGUAUUGUCAUGUGGGAGGUGAUGUCAUACGGCGAGCGCCCAUACUGGGACAUGAGCAACCAAGACGUGAUCAACGCAGUGGAGCAGGACUAUCGGCUGCCUCCACCCAUGGACUGCCCUACUGCCUUGCACCAACUCAUGCUAGACUGUUGGGUGAAAGAAAGAAACUUGAGACCCAAGUUCUCCCAGAUCGUCAACACCCUGGACAAACUUAUCCGAAAUGCCGCCAGCCUUAAGGUGGUCACCAGCACACAUUCUGGGGCCUCCCAGCCGCUCCUUGACCGCUGUGUGCCUGACUACACCACCUUCACCACUGUGAGCGACUGGCUGGAUGCUAUCAAGAUGAGCCGCUACAGAGACAACUUCCUCAAUGCCGGAUUUGCUUCUUUUGACCUGGUGGCCCAAAUGACCGCAGAAGAUCUGUUACGGAUAGGCGUGACAUUAGCCGGCCACCAAAAGAAGAUUCUCAGCAGCAUCCAAGACUUGAGACUGCAAAUGAACCAAACGCUGCCCGUCCAGGUGUGAAUUCGGAUUGGCUAAAACUAUUCUAGCGGACGCCUGAUCAUCUCUGCUAAUCAGAUGAAACUGGCUUGCAGUGCCUCGGACAACUUUUUCCUUUCCCUUUUCCUGCAUUAUUUUACACGCCACAGGAUGACAUACAAUUAUUUUGUACUUCUUUUUAAGAAUGGAGAGAGAAAAGCCUGUAUCCCAUGCAUGCCUUGCGAGGCCUUUGCAUGCAUGCGUGUGACAUGCGCUGAACUCGCCCCAUCUACAUAGCCUCCCAUAAUACAUUUUCCCUAAAACUGAUUUGCAAGGGAAGAACUCGGAUGGACAGUGCAUAUGGAGAUAGUAAUUCUCUAAUAGUGCACGUGACUUGAAAAGAAAAGACAGAAAGACUAAGAGUGAAUACAUCCAUUCACAACCAACGCGUUUGGACACAGAAAUCCCUCCAAUGCUAGCAGAAGUUUAUUGUGUGAUAUUGUGCAUAUUCCCCAUCUUCAUAUUGAAGGUGUUUAACUUAAAGGCACAUGCUCGCAGGGAGAGGCACACGACAGGGGCGAAAGAUUGCAGAUGGUGCAGGACCAGAGUUUAAGGAAGCUGCAUUUGUCCACCAGGUUGAAACUCACAAAGGACUUCUUAGAAAAUACCAGGUGAACUUGUGAUGCUUUCAUAGUUACAAUAAUGGAUUCUCAGCUGAGUUUCUCACAAUUUCAAUUGAUGUUUUCUUUUAUUCUCUACCUAUGUUUUUCCACACCCUCUUUUAGUUCCUGUUCCACUUUGAGUUGACAUUUAGCUUGUUGUCAGUCAUUAUAUCAGGAUUCUUUAGCGAUUAGAAAGAGAAGGACCGGGAUAACUUGUACUAUAAACAGUGUUAAUCGCUGGCCAUCUCUAUACUGAGCGGAUGUGUGUGUGUGUGUGUCAGAAUGACUGUGUUGUAGUGUAUGUGUAUGUGUAUGAAACGGAGCGAUUAUGAGGAUUAUGCACACACAUACUGUACAUUAACCUUCUGUUGUGUUUAAUGGCUGAAAACUAAUACAUGAAUUGUGACAAGAGCUGCAGUUUUAUUAUAUAUAAUCACACAUGGAUCAAUAAUAUUCUAUGGACAAUUAGACUUUUUAAGUUAACUUGGAUAAACUUGGAUAAAUUGGAAGUUUUACCCUUUUUUAUUUUAUUUAAUUCCUAUGGAUUUAUUUCCUUCAGUCAGGAGGAAAUAUAGCCCAGAAAACCCCUUAUUCUAAAAACAAAUAUUUAAAAUAAAUAAAUGUGUCUUAUAUGAAUGUGAACCUGUAUAUUUGAUUUUAUUUUUCUUCAUUCAAGGGAAAUAUAGCCCAGAAAACCAUAUAUAUAUAUAUAUAUAUAUAUAUAUAUAUAUAUACAGGGAUGGAUUACCGACUGGGCCAAUGGGGCCAGUGCCCAGGGGCCCUUGACUACCAGGGGCCCUUGACUACCCGGGGGUGCCCUGGGCUUAAAGGCUGUGCAAUCUACUUUGGUGAUCCCCCCGCUUGAAAACCCUUUUGGGCAUGAACAACGAACCAUCCCAUACAACUUUUGGGUGGAGGGGGGCCCUUGGAGAUAAUUGGCCCCAGGGCCUUUGCAAGUCAUAAUGCGUCCCUGCAUAUAUAUAUUAUGAAAAUGUUUUUUCUGUGAUGUGACAAAGCCCAUCACAGGAGUGUUUGUGCUAUUUGUAUUUGUUUUGUAAUCAUUUUUUUUUAUUUAUUUUUUUCACAAAUCAUUCUGAUGUUCCCCAGUUUGCCUCUUUUUAUCUUAAUUACAAUUAUAUCAUGAAAUACAAAGUGCUGAAGUGAGUUUUUUGUCAGGCUCCCUGUUUUAGGAGCGCUAGCGUUAAGCGCAGCGCUAUGCCGUAAGUCAUAAGUGCAAAGUCAGUGGGCAUGGCCAUGAAGUUUUGGUAUUUUCGUGCAAGCAUGCGCUAUGUCUAGGUGCAUGUAGGUUUUGUGAAAUUGCAUGGUCAAUGCGCAAUGCGUAUUCAAUUUAUAUAAUUCAUUCCCCCAAGCACCAGCGAUUUAAACCAAGACUGCACAUUCAUCAGAAGUGAGUAGUGUAAAUGGACUGUAUGUAAUGAAUUAGAAAAAGUGAAAAUGAUGUUCUUUUGUGCAUUAACUGCAUCCAUGAUGAUUAGUGGACAUAUUUCUAUGACAGUGACGCUCCUUUACACGCAUGGAAAAUGCGAUUCUUGUCAGAAUUUGGAUGUACACUCCGUUAAAUUACAGACAAUGUCAAAAUUAUGAAUCAUGUUCAUCUACUGACACACAAGUCAUGGCUAGUAUUACCAGUGUUUGUAUCAGCACUUCACUUCUACCGGUCCAUUUUUAUCAAUUAAAUUAACUUAAUGAAACAAGUGGUCAGAACUGCUAACUGCUGGUGAAAUAUCUAAACUGCAAAUGCAAGAAAUGAGUUCAAAGUCUGCAUGUGUAAGUUUAGCGCAAUAUCUAUUUCUCAGGAUAAUAGUAACAUGCAUAAAAUAGUAACAUUCAUUAACAUACAACACACCCACAAUAGCGCAAACACUUUCACCCACACCCACUUGCGCUUUGUGCUGGCAUGAAAAUUGCGAUUCUAAUUAACGCUCUCACAAAAAUGGGAUAAGACGUUGCACGUACCGCUGCACUUUGCGUGCUCAUGAAAAUAGAGCCCUUAAACUCUAUUUAGCUACAUUUUAAGAACUAAAGUAUUGUUACUUUGAGAAUUUUUUUUUAGAUAUUUUAGAAAGCAAUGUGAUUUCAUUUCAUAUAAAAUGCUGCAGUUAUUUUAGCUCAAUUUUAUUAAAGAAACAUAAGAGUUAGUGAUGCUUUUUGUUUAACUUCCCCCAUAUUAUUUUAACUCACAAACUCUCUUGUAUAGGAACCCUAUUGCUUAAAGUUCCCUUAAGAGCCGUUCGGGAACUGCUUUUGUCACAUUGAACACAUUUGACAGUGUACUCUCAUAACUUGAUCUGAAUGUGAGUAAGUUUGAAUGUGUGUUUGUUAUUGUUUGAGCAAGAUGCUGUUGACAUUGUUUUAUUAAGGCAAUUGUUGGAACAGAACAUGAUUUUGGUUCAAUAUUUUUGUGCCAAUGUUCUCUCUCUCUCUCUCUCUCUCUCUCUCUCUCUCUCUCUGCCGUGUCCUCCAAAAACUGAUAUAUAUUUUAGAGUUACUCUUUUUUUUUAUUAAAAAAAUGCAUUUUUAAGCAGUUAAAACUGUCUUCUCAUCACAUCACAAAAUCACUGAAGUGAGAGAAAUGUCUGAUGUGUGCGUGACUUAUAUUGAGAGAAGCAAGACACAUUUCAAGAUUAAUAUUUUUUUCUUUCUGUUUUUUCUCUUUUCUUUUUUGAAAGCAUUGAGAUGUAUUUAAUGGUGAAGACAAAAACAACGAUUAAAUAAUGCAUUCUGGUAGAAAUAUAUAUUAAAAAA